AUGGCGGAAGAGAAGGGUGUGGCUGCAGUCUCGCCGGCGGAGACGGUUGAGUCUCAGUUGUACUACGUACGGUAUUACUCAGGGCAUACGGGUCGCUACGGCAAUGAGUUCCUCGAGUUUGAGAUCUCCGAUACUGGUUCCCUUAAGUACGUCAAUAACAGCAACUACCGAAAUGACUUCAUUAUCAAGAAGCAAGCUCGGGUCUCUCCAGCGGUGCUGGAGGAGGUGAAGAGGCUUAUUCUGCGGUACGCUGUGUGCGAAAGUGACGAUGAGCGGUGGCCAACUCCGGAUCGCAAUGGGCGACAGGAGUUGGAGAUUCACCUCGGCAACACCCACAUAUCGCUGGUGACGAACAAGUUGACGUCUAUGGCCGACAUCCCGAAUAGUUCGGAGACCGUCGGUCUGGUGAGGUUCUACAACUUUGUGCGGGACAUUAAGGCGCUUAUCUUUGCGCUGGUCUCCAUUCACUUUAAGAUUAAACCGAUCUAA